AGAGAGGGGGACUGUAGUCGUCAGUCGAGUGCGAGACGCGCGAGUGGUGGUAGUGUGACAUGGUGUGAUGGAGGAUCGUGUCGUGUACACGGAGUUGCCGCUGCCUUUACACCGACCUGGAAGACACCAUCCUUAUGCCACCCCGUUGCUCCACCAGCCCCACCUUCACAUCCCGCAGGUGCCGUCUCCGCCGCCGGCCACCGGUACCCACGUGACUUCACUGUAUCCGGAAAUCCUCGCGCUCAUCUUCAGCUACCUGGAAGUCCGAGACAAGGGUCGAGCGGCCCAAGUGUGCUCCGCCUGGAGGGAAGCCUCAUACGACAAGUCGGUAUGGCGAGGUGUCGAAGCCAAACUUCACCUGAGACGCGCUAAUCCCGCGCUCUUCGGCAGUCUCGUCCGUAGGGGUAUCCGGAGGGUACAGGUGCUGUCGCUGAAAAGGAGUCUCCGAGACGUCGUCCAAGGGAUCCCGAAUCUGAUAUCUCUCAACCUCCGAGGAUGUUACAACGUCACCGACCUCGCGCUCACGCAGGCCUUUUUCUCCGAGUUGACAUCCAUCACUAGGUUAGACCUCUCGUUGUGCAAGCAAAUUACCGACAACAGUCUUGGGAGGAUCGCGCACCUCAAGAACCUCGAGGUUCUGGACCUCGGAGGCUGUUGUAACGUCACCAACACGGGCCUUCUGCUGAUCGCUUGGGGGCUGAAGAACCUGCGUUGGCUCAACCUGCGGUCGUGCUGGCACAUCUCUGACCAGGGGAUUGCCCAUGUCGCCGGCCUCAACAAGGAGAACGCCGACGGUAACCUCGCGUUGGAGCAUCUCGGACUCCAGGACUGCCAAAGGCUCUCGGACGAGGCGUUGAAACACGUCUCGACGGGGCUGACGGGACUGAAAAGCAUUAAUUUAAGUUUCUGUGUUAGUAUUACUGAUAGUGGACUCAAGUACCUGGCCAAAAUGGCGUCACUUAAAGAACUGAAUCUCCGGUCUUGCGAUAACGUUUCGGACAUCGGUAUGGCCUACCUGGCCGAGGGCGGAUCGAGGAUAUCCUCCCUAGACGUCUCCUUCUGCGAUAAAAUCGGCGAUCAGGCGCUCAUCCACAUAUCCCAAGGCCUCUUCAACCUGAGGUCGCUCUCCCUGAGUGCCUGCCAGAUCACGGACGAAGGCCUCCUCAGGAUAUCGAAAACCCUGCACGAGCUCGAUACCCUCAACAUCGGCCAGUGUGACAACGUCACCGACAAGGGGCUCUACGCCGUGGCCGAGUCACUGCGACACCUCCGCUGUAUUGACCUGUACGGUUGUACCAAGAUCACCACAGCCAGCAUACAGAACAUCAUGCGACUCCCUCAACUCGCUGUGCUCAACCUCGGACUCUGGCAGAAGUCCAACCCCGACCGGCAAGCCAGAUGACCGUCCCCUCGUCGCCAUUGUGAUAAACUAAGUUCCGUUCCUUCAGUUCGUCGUCGCUCAAUUAUGUACAGUCUAUGUUUCGUUUCGUUGUUCUAUUAGUGUAUCAAUUUUGUUAGGUAACAUUCCAAUAAUAUUUGUUUUAAUGGCCCCUGGAAGUGUGGUAAGCGAUGUUUUUAGUUGAGAGUUUAAGUAGUUUACGGUAAUUUAAAGUGAAAUAAGAGUUUAUUCCAGUUUUCGUGAUUCCACUCAGGGCCAGUAGAUUCUUGUGCCCGCAAUUAUUUGAGUUAGUUCCUAACAGUAAAUGAUUUUAAGCUGUUGCCUUUUAAAGAAUGGUCGUUAAAUGUAAUUCAUUGCUACUAAGUAUGGUAUUGUUAUUUCAUAGUUAUUAUUUUUUGUUUGUAAAUUGGAGAAGUGUAACAAAUUUCAUUUAGCAACAUUCCUGAGAAAAUUCAAUAUUGUGACUACCAAAACAAUAUUACUAAAAGUUAAAGUAUCGUAUACAGUAUAUGCCCUAUCUUAAAAAGUGUGGAAAUAUUUUAUAAGCUCCUACAAACCCCACAAAUUGUGUAACAUUUGAUGGGAAAUUACUUAAAAUUUCAUAAUUAAUAAAUUUAUCUCCCCUGCAUAUACCCAGUAUAUACAAUUGUAUUCACAAUAUUUUGAUAGUUAGAUAUUUCUUUAGGUAUAAUUAAAAUUAGUUUUUUACUCAAAAAGAUGCAGACACAAUUUAAUCUUCGUACUAGUUUAACAUUUGUUAUUUUGUUGAUACAAUACAUUAUUCUAUUCUAUAUUGAAUUCAUUGAAGCUGGUUUUCAGUGUAGUUCCAAACAUUUGUGAUGAAAACAUAGUUGACAUUGGAAUAAACUCAUGUAUUAAUAUUUGUUAUUUAUUUUCAUUUGUGUUGUUAAUCAAUCAGAUGUUGAUGUAAAUAUAACCUCACUUCUAUGGGGCACGAAUUUCCAAAGUGUACAGGUUACUCUUUUGUUUUGUUUUAUUUUGACAAUCAUUGUUUUCAUCUGCUAGUUCUAAAGCUAGUAUGUUUCGAGGUGCUGAAAUUUCAUUAUAAGUUUUAUACAUAUUUGAAAAUUUCAUAUUUUCAUUACUUGAUAAUCUAAAAAUUAUGAUAAUUUUACAAAAUGUACUUGACAGUGUAUUGUACACUUGGAGAGUAUUAUACAAUUACAAUAUAGUUGAUUUUUAAAUUUAAAA